UCAGUGCUCAGUAUUUAUCGAGCAGUCAGCAAUCAGCAGGCGUCGCCAAAAUUAGCUAACAAUAAAAGAAAAACACGGGAAGUUGUUAAUUAAAAAGGUGACCUAGUUGCGAGAACACAACGUCAUGUCGUUGCAAAAGGAACUACGUACACUGGCAAAGCCCUACUAUUGGGUGAACAUACUGCUGGCCGUCUCGUAUCUGCUCGCCAAGAAGACCAGAGUGAUUUGCACGCGCAUUUUCCAGCAAACGGAUCAAGAUGACGUCUGUGAUAUGGACAGUCGUGAGGUAGAGAUACUGUUCUUUCUGCUGAUUGUGGUCAUGAUACGUUCCCGCAAGUCGGGCAGCGUAACUAUGAUCAACUACUUGACUUCGUCCUUCCUCUACACAAAAGUGGCCAACAUGAUACUCUGGUCAUAUGCCGACUUUCGUUAUGGCCUAGGUUUCCUACUCAUCUGUGUACUCGUGGGCAUGCUGCUACCGGAGCCAUCGUAUCGUGGUCCUGAGCACAUCACCUACUUCCGCAACGCUCAGGUCUUUGAGGAGGAGCUGGCUAGAGAGAAGCGCACCAGUUGGUUGAUUUGUUUUUACACUGUUUGGAAUCCCAGCUGUGUGAACUUUGCACCCAUCUUCGCUGAGCUGUCGGCGGAAUACAAUACGGAACUACUGAAGUUUGGCAAAAUCGAUAUCGGACGUUUCCCAGAUGUCGCACAAAAGUAUCGCAUUUCGGACAGCAGUUUCUCACGCCAGCUGCCUACGGUUAUACUGUUCCAGCAGGGCAAGGAGGUGGACCGACGUCCAUGUGUCGACAAUAAGGGGAAGCUGCAGAAGUUCUUCUUCUCCAGCGACAAUGUGCGUGCAACCUUCGGACUGAAUCAACUCUAUAAGCAGGCUGUGGAACGUUUGCCGGCCACUGCGACGACGACGGUGGAAUCGAAGAAGUCAAAGUAGUUACUCUAUGUUCUAACCAAACGACAUCUCAUUUUAACAAUUCGUAAUUGUUAAGUUUUUAGUUGUUAUUAUUUAUUUUGUGAGAGUGCACAAAGCAAAUGCACCAAAGACACGUUCUACAUGCAACUAUGUAACUAAAUAUAAAUUGUAACGCGUUGCCAUUAACCUAA